CCUGGCUAAGAUCCCGGAGGGUCGGAACAAGAACAUCACCAUCAAGGAGUGCACCUAGAAAGGGGAUCUGUACGCCCUUGGGUUCCGACAGUACCGUUUCCUGGGGGAGACAGAUGAAAAGUACCCGAUGUUCGACAGAGCCUCCGGGGUUUAGGAGGUAGGGGUCGAGGGCAUCCAAUGCUUAGACUUAUGAAUAUUUUUGCUAGGCGUAGACACAUUUUUUUUGUUGCACCUUUUCUCCUCCGGUCUUAACCGCCCUCGUUCUUUUGCAGGUAUCAACAUGGAUCUCAACGCCUUCGCCGCCCUCAAGAAGCAGAAGGCUAAAGUCCCGGACCAGAAGGAGCCCAGUAAGCAGAGGCCCUUCGAGGAGUUCUCGAAGAAAGGCAGUGAGCCUUCGGAGGAGGCUGCCAAGAGGAAGGCAACCGGUAAAGCCUCAAUCCCCGAGGGGGAGAGGCCGAAGAAGGGGGACACUGGGAAGAAGGCUCCCCAGUGGUGGUCGUGGAUGAGCACUCCACUUCCGAGCCCUGUGCCCAAAUGGCAACGACUGCUUCUCAUCUGCCCUCGGGUCAGGGGGGUGAGGUAAGCUUGCCCCGGGAGGAUAUACGGUUCUCCCUGCUGAAGGGGGCUGCCAUCACACAUGGCACCGUAGACCCUCGGGAGUUCCUGGGCGGGGCUACCCCUGCAUUGGAUAGGAAGGCCCUCGGGAAGCUUGAUGACGAAGCUCUCGAGUCAAAAAUCCUCCGGUCCUCCCUUACUGCCUGCAUAGCCCUCGGCGAGCAUGCCAGAAGAUUUGACGAGUGGUGCCUCCAGAAGGCGCAACAGGAUGAGUCAAUGAGAAAACUCAUCCAUGAUAACGCCGAGGCCAUGAGGCAAAUGGCCCAGCUGGAAGGGGACCUUCAGCAGGCGAGGGCUGCAGCGGAGAAGGCGGCCAAGGAGAAAGCUGAGGUGGAGAAGGCUGCUGCUGAGGCCGCAAGGAAAGCUUCUGAGGACGCAGAGGCUGCCAAAGCAGAGGCCGCCGCUGGUGCUGUUGCUGCCUUCAUGGCCGAGGGGGUGGAAGGCAGAAGGCCACAAAGAUUGGGUGGCCUCGGUCGUGGAGGGGUCCGCCGAUGGGUGGGUGAAAGGCCCUGGGGCGAUGUGGCUAGCUCGAAAGGGCGAAGACUAUUACGCCGGGGGGAAUUCUUCACACAGGCCUUGAUUUACAGAAGGCUUGCGCGACAUCUGAAGAUCGAGCUGAAGGCCUUUGACCCAGCGGUAUAUGGCCUCCCCCCCUCCAACCAGAUAUCAGAUUCUCCCUUCCCGAGGGCGUUGAAAGGCCAGAAUUGGAGGAUUCCGAGCUUUUGAAGGAGGCCGAGGGGGAUGAAGCAGAGGCCGGCGCAAAGGUCAUUUCAAAUCCCGUGGAAGAGGCUGCCACCGGGACUGAUAAUAGUUGAUUUGUACUUAGCACAUUUUGAACAAUUUUGUUGUAACGAAUAUUUGUAUGCUCUCGGCCUCGGCCAUUUUGUAAUAUACACUUUAACUUUUCCUUCCUUUUGAUUGUUUUUCUUUGAAUGUAUGCCCUCGUCUUUUCUGAAU